CCACCGUCCUCAUCGUCACUGCUCAGCCAGCGUAAAGAGCCUCACAAGCCAACGAUGUAUUUGUAGUUCAGCCAGCUUGAAGUUUAAACACCAGCGUAAAAACAGUUGUAUCCGGCAGACACCUCUGCCUCCUCGUCCGCCCUGCUCAACAGACUUUCUGCGUCCAACACCGCGGGUCCUCCUUGGGGGAGAAAAAGCGCCUACUGGGAUUGAGUGCGGAAAAAAGGGUGGUGGAGAGGUGGACCGAGCUAAGUCGGGCGUGGUAGCAAGAAGAAAAGAAACUCAUCUUUGUUAGCGAAACUUCACAAAGUAGCAUCCACAAUGUCGCUGUCGGUACCACAGAACGGAGUAAAGGCGGAUAACGAACCCGUUAUCGAGCUGUUUGUGAAGGCGGGAAGUGAUGGAGAGAGCAUCGGGAACUGCCCCUUCUCUCAGAGGCUCUUCAUGAUCCUGUGGCUUAAAGGAGUCGUCUUCAACGUCACCACAGUGGACCUCAAGAGGAAGCCAGCAGACCUCCAGAACCUGGCCCCCGGCACACACCCACCCUUCAUCACCUUCAAUGGUGAGGUCAAAACUGAUGUCAACAAGAUCGAGGAGUUUCUUGAGGAUGUCCUCUGCCCACCCAAGUACAUCAAGCUUGGUGCAAGACACCCCGAGUCAAACACAGCUGGUAUGGACAUCUUUGCCAAGUUUUCAGCAUUCAUCAAGAACUCCAAACCAGAUGCAAAUGAGGCUCUGGAGCGCGGGCUACUGAAGACACUGCAGAAGCUGGAUGAGUAUCUUCGCUCGCCACUGCCCGACGAGAUCGACCACAACAGCAUCGAGGACGUCAAGGUGUCCAACCGCAAGUUCUUGGAUGGUGAUGAAAUGACUCUGGCCGACUGCAACCUGCUGCCCAAGCUGCAUAUAGUGAAGGUGGUAGCCAAGAAGUACAGGGGGUUCGACAUCCCCAAAGAGAUGACGGCCAUCUGGAAGUACCUGAACAUCGCCUACACACGCGAAGAGUUCACCAACACCUGCCCCAGCGACAAAGAGAUCGAGAUCGCCUACGCAGACGUAGCCAAGAGGCUGGUCAAAUAAGCUCCUCUGUCCUGACAUCGUCCUUCCAUCCAUCACCCUACAACCUCCCCCCUCUACACUCCCUCUACACCCCUCUCUCUCUCUCUCUCUCCUCAGCACCAGGACUGAUGUGCUCAUUCACGAGAAAGAAAAAACUCUGGACUUCUUUUUCCUUCUCUCCUCAUUUAGAGCGACCCCCUCACCCCCACCCCCAAUGCAUGAACCUUUCCUGAUCUUUUUUUUUUUUUUUUGGCCUCAGAUUUUUAUGAAAAUGAAAAAUUUGGUUGGUACAGCAAAGGUCACAGUUGUUCCAUCUUGAAUUGCGUUUAUUUUCAUUUGCUGAUGAAUGUUGUGAGGUGAUGAGGUGACGGAGAAGCAGCCAGACAGUGUAUCAGUGCUUAUCAAUGUCGGGAGCCUCAUCAAACACACUCCCUGAUAAAGUGACCUUCAAAGUGACCUUCUCUCUGCGAAGGGGAAAGGUCAUGAGCUGUUGUUAAUUUUCUGUUGUCUGUUUGAUGUUGAAGUCACUCUCUCUAGGUUUGCUAUAAAAAUGAAACACUGAGAAGCUGUUUGUUUUUUUGUUUUUGUUUUUAUUUCCUGUCUUUUGGCUUAUUAAGAGGUGUUGUAAACAGUGUUGAAGCUUCAGUGUUUUGGCUCAAGUAUUUGACAGGUUUAGGUAGAAACUGAAGCUAAUCCAAACCUGAGUGGUUGACAUAUCAAGCAAGAAAUGCUUUAUUUUAAUGUUGAGCUGUUUAAAAAUCAAAAAUAAUUGUAAUGCAGGUAAAGCUACCUGCUGUUCAUGCUCUGAUUUCCUCAUUGCCUCAAACAGGCAAAAGUCUUGUAGCUCAGCUCAGUAGAAUUUUAGGAAAUUUCCUGUACCGGCUGUAGAAAUAACAACUCAGGAAAAAUAUAACCUGAGGUCUAAAAAAUAUUCAACCAUAUGUAGCUUACAGACACGUCCAAGGAUGUAUCAGUGUUUAGACUGGCCUUUUGUAAAUCACCAUAUUGCCAUGGAAAAUGUCCAUAUAAGCACUAGCAACUCGUUCUUCUCUUAUGAAACAAGAAGGAAAGUCUCUACUUUGUUCGUGUUGACUGUAGCGGUAGUUUGGAUUACACAUCGCAGACCAAAAAGCGGCACAUUAUUCUGGUCUCACUGUGGAUAGGAUGACACCGGCCAUAUAAACUAGUGAAGUCAAAAAAAACAGAAGAAACCACACAUCCUCACUGUCCGUUUUCUCCAUGGCCUACAGGAUGGCGGACACUAAUGUGCGGUCAGGCGCCAGGAAAGGCAACACUUAAGAUAUUUAUGACAAAACAAACCAAGGAGAGCAGCAAUGAAAUAUACUGUAUACCUGGUUGAAUUUCACGUCCUCUUCAGUGUGUAGAUUGAUCUCAAAGGUAGUGAAUGUAUGUUAUGAUACAGUAGCUCCAAAAGUGCUUUAGUGAGGAUAAAGCAAACCUGUUUUGUUUUCUCCAGUUUUCAGACAUUUGUUAUGAAGCAAAUUUGAUAAGAAAAAAUAAAGGAAUUGUAAAUAUUUGUUUUGAUUGCUCAGAAUUCAAUGUGUAAAUUUUAUACAUGUCAUCUGAAUUUUGAAAAAAACGGGCCAUUUCUCGCCUGCUUGGAUUGUAAUUCUACGUUAACCCAUAUCCUCUCUGCCUUACUUGUUUUCUCUCUGCGGAUGUUUUUGCAAGAAGGUUUUUUCUGAGAUCAUUUCAUUAUAACAUGUGAAGUUGUACAAAGAAAAUAUCCAAGCUACGUAAUGGCUUUUUUUUUUUUUAACAAUAUUGACUGAAUUGAAAUAAACUUCUUAUUGGCACUCUGA